AUGAAACGAAAAGAGAGUCCCACUGCCUCGAUCUCGGAUACGUCAUCGGUGCAUCGAAAGCAAGCCAAAAUGACUCAUGAAAAUGCUCUCGAUGCAAUGCAUCCCAUAGAUUUGAAACGGAUGAUUGAAAUGUAUUCCAAGGCACUCCAAAAACAAAUGUUAAAAUUAAUUUCAAACCUUCCCAAUGAAAUAGUGCUAAUCAUUCUCGGAUUUCUCUCACCUCUGGAAAGAAUUUCGAGUGGACCCUUAUAUUGUUGUAAACACUGGUAUGAAUGCAUUAGAAAUACAGAAGAUUUGUGGAAGUCCGUUUGGAAAAUGUUAUUUUCAACUGAUGACAUGCCCUAUGAUCCUUCAAAUAGUUCUUCAAAGUUCUACCUUCAGCGAAGAGUUGACUUGUUUUUGAAACAAGGCGAAACACGUUACUGGAAUUACUCGUUUGACAAUUGUAAUGCAUCCAUGCCCUGUCAAUCUGAAAUUAUUUCCGACCAUAGAUCAAAGAAAAGUACAAGCUUCACUUCAGAAUUUUACUUGCUCACAAAGAGACCGCAAGCCAUUUGUAUAUGCUGUGAAGAGGGAUGUGGAUCUGGAUAUGGAGGUAAUACCUUACUGAUGAUUGAUCAUCUUGAAGGAGUGUACUUUCCUCCCAACAAGACAACAUUCUUCAUGUUCACUUUGAAGUCCGAGUACAAGGACGUUGAAUAUGAAUCUUGUGAAUACUUUCAGUCCUUUAAUGUCACUCUUUUGGCCUCACUUCCUUGGUCAUUAGAGGGUCCAAUCACUCUGAUAUCGAAUAACAAAAUCCUUCAUCCUCGUGUGAAACAAUUAGCCAGAGAUUACUUGCAACUUUCAACGGACGAGUUGUUGAUCAACUCUCUACACAACCAAAGUUGUGAAAGCCCACUCAUGGAGCGAAUGAGUCAUGAAGUGAGAUGGUUUCAACAGUGGUUACAGAAUUUUGAGUUCUUUGGUGGCUCAGUAGUUGAACGGACAAUGAAAGUCGUCGAAAACGAUCAGCUUGUUGAAAGUGAUGAAGAUGAUGACGAGGGCAAGAGUGUAGUUGUUGAAAAUUCUGAAUAUGAAAACGAUGAGGAAUAA